GCCGUAUAAUAAUUUGAGUUGGAAUAAUGCUUAAUUCUCUUUCAUUUUAAUUGCAAGGAUUCUAUUUUCUGUGUAUUUAUACAGUUUUUUCAUAUGGACAUUAACCACCUAAGAGUGCAAAGCAAACAAGAGCAGAGUUAGAAGCUACUUCGAAUUAGGUAAAAUAUAAUUUGACAUGGGAAAUAGUCUCAACGGUGCUAGUCUCUUCAACGACGUCACAAAUUAUCCAUGUCGGAUACAACUAGGUAGAUAUGCAUUCAUCGAUGUGACAUAUACAGAGAACAAACAUGAUUGCAGUGAUAGUGAUGAUGAAGUUCCCAGUGAUAAUGAUGAAGUUCCCGGUGAUAGUGAUGAUGAAUAUCCCAGUGAUGAUGAUGAUGAUGAUGAAUUUCCCUAUGAUGAUGAAUUUCCCAGUGAUGAUGAUGAAGUUGAUAAUGAUGAUGAAUUUCCUAGGGAUGAAGAUGAAGUUAUCAAAGUGACCAAGAUGUUAUACACGGUAGAUAGGUCGUCCAUAUGUGAACUCAAAUUUGAGAGAAGUCAUAAAGAGGCAUCAUUAUCUCUCCAUGAUGUAGACAAUGGUUCCAAUUCCAACGGUGUUGAUGUUAAAAUUAUAAUAAGAAAUACUGAUGAGGGGUAUCUUGAGAUACCUUUUCCUGUAUUCUUCGCUAGAGGCGGAGGGAUGUACAUUUUCAAUUGGGAUAAUAAUUCUAAUAGAACCAUCAAUGCAUGGGGAGGUGUGACAGAAUUAACAACCUUUCUCUUUGGUAAAGGAAAAAGGGGAAGUCUUGUUGUUAUAGAGUCUAAGAAAAAGAGUAUAAGUGAUCCAAAUCCCUAUAUGGUCACUGUGGUUCACUAUUUAGCUAUUGAUGACGGAAAUUUUUUCAAUGCAAAAAUGGAUAUUGGCCUUUCUGUGAUGGUAAAGAUUCAACCAUCAGAUGAUUUGGGAUUGAAAUUUACUGUAGAGGGCCCAGAGAAACACCCUAGUUCAUCAUUACUUUACAUGUUUGAACGAGUAAAAAGACUUAAUGGGGCAUGGAAGCCUAAUUUGUGUCCUCAUUGUGCAAAUCUUCGGCUUAAAUCCUUGCAGAUGUUUGAAAGUGAAGACAGUGAUUAUUUUCCACGACGACAUGGUAAUGGUUAUAAGCAGAAGUCAGAAAGUAUGGUUGCCAGUGAUUCUCACGUUAAGGGAAAUUAUAAUAGUAGUUUGUUGGGGAAGUAUUUCCAUUUUUAUAAAAAGUAAAAUAGGUAAUGGAAUCCUUUAAUAAGAAGAGAAAGAAAAUAAAAAGGUUAGGGCAAGGUUAGCCAGGCUAAAGAUGGAUACCAUACCUAACUAAGUAGGUUUUUAAUUAGAGAACAUUUUAAAAUAUUGGUAAGUAAUUUUGUGUGCAGCACACACCCUUAUCUUAUAACUCUCAAACAAAUGGAUAGGAAAGAUGCAAUCGCAUGCUUUAGUUCCUGCAGAAUCAUUGUACACUGCAGAAUCAUUUUCAUGUCUUCUAAUAACUACUAUCUGCACUUUUAUGAAUUAUAAUAUGAACCAAGCAAAUUAGCUUCA